ACACAAUGAAAUGAAAGGAAAGAAAGAAAAGGCAACGCAGGCAUGCAUUUAAUAAAAUAGAGAAAAGCAUUUUGAUUUUUGUGAGAGUGGAUCCCGAUUUGCGCGGUUCCUCUUUGAAACGAAGAUAUCCAACGGUUGAGAAUUGGGUCUCCGUUUGACCCACAGAACAUGUUCCAUCUUUAACCACUAUAUAACAUUUUCCUUUCUUCCAUUGCAUUGCAUUGCAUUGCAUUACCAUUCAUUUCGUUUCCCUUCUUCGCCCCCUUUUCUGUUUGCGUCGUUCUGAUCUCUCUCUGCCACCAUGUCCGCUGAGAAAGAGAGAGACACCCAGGUUUACUUGGCCAAGCUUGCCGAACAGGCCGAGAGAUAUGAAGAAAUGGUUGAGUGCAUGAAGAAAGUAGCAAAACUUGAUCUUGAUCUAACUGUGGAAGAAAGGAACCUCCUCUCAGUGGGAUACAAAAAUGUCAUUGGAGCACGAAGGGCCUCUUGGCGCAUCAUGUCCUCAAUUGAGCAGAAGGAAGAGUCUAAGGGAAAUGAGCACAAUGUUAAACUCAUCAAGAGUUACUGCCAAAAGGUUGAGGAGGAACUCUCCAAAAUUUGUGGUGACAUUCUGACUAUUAUUGAGCAGCACCUGAUCCCCUCUUCCACAUCAGCAGAAGCUAAUGUUUUCUACUAUAAGAUGAAAGGUGAUUAUUUUCGGUAUCUUGCCGAGUUCAAGACUGACCAAGAAAGGAAAGAGGCUGCUGAGAAUUCACUGAAAGGAUACGAGGCUGCUUCAGCCACUGCCAACACAGAUCUUCCAUCAACACAUCCAAUCCGUCUUGGACUUGCUCUCAAUUUCUCUGUCUUUUAUUAUGAGAUAAUGAACUCUCCUGAAAGGGCCUGCCAUUUGGCUAAACAAGCUUUUGAUGAGGCAAUUGCGGAGUUGGACACUCUGAGUGAAGAGUCAUACAAGGAUAGCACUUUGAUCAUGCAGUUGUUGAGAGACAACCUGACCCUGUGGACCUCAGAUUUGCCAGAGGAUGGAGGUGAGGACGGCAUAAAAGCUGAAGAAGCCAAACCUACUGAGCCUGAGAAUUGAUCAUGAUUCGGUAGUCAGAAAUCUAAGGUACUCUCAAAGAGGGCAUUUUUCAGCUUUUCUUGCAAUGGAUUUGGACCAGACAAUACCAACUGUGCCCAUUUCAUAAUUCUUGUGAUCUCUUAAUAUCCCCUUCCCAAGCCAGAAGAUCUGCCCCUGUUCUUUCUUUUUCCUUCAAACUUUUUUUCCCUUUCUUUUUAUUGCCUUAUCUGUUUCAAGUAAAGUGGUCAGUUGAAGCAAUGAACAAUUUACAUUUACCUUAUAAGCAUCUCAUUCCUUCGUUAUC